UACAGCUGCGACUGAACUUUGCCCUCCUUCCACACUGAACAACAACAGGCAGAGUAUAAAAGGGGGGAGCAGGGGAGGAAGAGGCUUGUUUUUGUUCACAGAGUUGAAGGAAAGCAGAGCUGAACAGAAGGAAAGAAGACUUUUACACCAGAGGAUCGGGGCAGCGAGGAAGCAGCACCACAGGCAUGUGGGCGGCCCUCGGUCUGCUCCUCACUCUCUGCCUGCUCCAUGGGGGCGGAGCAGAGAGUGACGGGGGUGGGCCGCGCUGUCAGCUGCCGCCAGCCUGGAAGAUAGGGGAGGUGGAGCCCAUGAAGGGGUCAAUGGGCCGGGUGACGGUGGUGGCUCUUCUUCAGGCCAGCUGACUGUUCUGUUUGGUGCAGGCUUCCAGAAUGGAUGGCCUGCGCCAAAAGCUGGAGAGACAGGGUCUGAGGGAUGUGGUCUACAUGGUGGUUAACCACCAGGGGGAGCAAGCACAGCGCCUGCAUCCCCUGCUCUCAGAGAAACUUUCACAGAACAUCAUGCUCUACAAACAGGACGAGCAACAGACUGAUGUUUGGCAGACCCUCGGGGGGGAUAAAGAUGACUUUCUCAUUUAUGACAGGUGUGGUCGUCUCACCCACCACAUCUCUCUUCCAUACUCCAUCAUUGGACAAGGCCAUGUUGAGAGUGCAAUUAAAGAUACCUACUGCAAACGCAUAUGUGGAGAGUGCUCACAUGAGAGUGCUGAGACCCCAGAGGAGUGCAAAGAGACGGCAGAUGCACAGCCCGAUGCAGGAGGUGUCCCAGCUGCAGAGGGUGACGCUGGACAUGGUCACGGGCUUGAUCAUGGCCAUGGUCACCAUCAUGGCCAUCACCAUCGUCAUGGCCACCAUGGUCACCAUGGUCACCACGGUGACCACGGUCAACAUGGAGACGGUCAAGGUUUCCACCCCCGUGGCCUCGGCCAUGAUCAAGCCGGUGGUCAUCACCAUGGAAGCCAUGAUGGCGCAGGCCAUGGAUCUCACCAUGGACAAGGUCAAGGGCAGGAAAGUGUUAGACUGCAGGGUCAUGGCCAGGAAGGUGGGAUACCUCAGGGUCAGCAACAUGUAGAUUUUUCCCAGGUGCAGCAAGCAGUGCAUACACAACACAUGUCACAGGGGGCCCAUGCUGCCCCUGUUAGGCCCUGACAACAAGAGAGGUCGAGGUGAAAGCCAAAGUACAGCUGACAGCGGGCAGCAGGCUCUGACAAUGAAGCCUCUCCCAAAGCCAGCUGAUGCUGACACUGACGCAGGCUGUUUGGCGAAGCAGGGAGCGAGCAGCCAGUCGGUCUCUGACACUGUGACGAGGCUCUUCCCGCCUCCUGACGGUGACACGGACAGACAGGCAAUGCAGCCAAUAAUGUCAGGGAGACCUGACAGUGACGCAUGCCCUCUGCUGCCUGACAGCAGCCUCAGGCAGCCCCAUGAGCCUGACCUCCAGGUGUUGCUAGCUGAGAAUGAGACCACCAGUAAGCUGGUUCUGACAUCAGUCUCACAAUAACACCAGCUAGCAACACUGAGGCAGAGCGCUCUUUUUUUUACCAACAAGUAUUACUCUGGGAGAGGGGAAGGCAAUCCUGACAGCAGGGAUGUGGGGUCGAUGAAGAGGUUACAUCUAAUUUUACACAGAUUAAGAUAACACAAGAUAAAUAGACACAUCAACCAUGUAAUGCAAGUAAUUAAAUUGUGGUUUAAUGCGUAUCACCCGGCUCAUCCUGCCUGUCAUUGGGUUGCUCUCGGCCUCUCCUAGGAGUGCAUGUGGUCAGCAUGUUCAUAAACUGCCUCCUCCAUUUUGCUCCCUCCUUCCUUUAUGAAACCAGAUGCAGAAACUAUGCUCUAGUGGCGUCUGGUUGAUGUCAGGCAGGAGAGAGAGGAGAGGGAAGCUCACGAACAUGAUGAACACUUAAAACGAUUCAAAGUCAAGAAUGAGAAACAACUUAAAAUGUGAAAGAAGUAGUACAGGAACAAAAUUAGAGAACAUAGCGUUACUUUAUAUCGAAUGGGAUUAUUACCACACAUUAAAAGGGUUAUAUUCAAUGGUAUCUAUUUGUCUAGGAACUCCAAAACACAGGCCAAGUAAGAAAUGUUCUAUAAAUCAGCAUGCCCAUAGGGUGUGCUAUCACACCAUCAUUGUUAUUGAACACACAUAUAUACUUUUGCUUUGUCCUUGUGCAGAAGCUUUAACGUCUCUCAGGUAUAUCUUUUUGGAUAUUUUAUGUUUUUUUUUUCUUUGCAUUCACAACAUUUGCUACGUAGGCUGCAGACUGCAUACAUUUAUACAAAGAUAAGAGAUUGUUGGAAUACACUCUGUGCUUAAUGAUGGAUUCUGUGGGAAGGCAACGGUCACCUUGAAAACCUGAUGCUUGCACAGAGAUUGUAUUGUGCGAAGGAUGUUAAACGUGGAAACCGAGCGCUGAAUAAAGAUGGCUGAGUAAAUA